AUGACUACAGCGCCAUACGAUCCUAGCCGGGGUGUGGCAGCGCUUGCACACGCUUCUCACCUUAGUGCUGGCAUUCCUGAGGCCGCCGUUCCGAAUGAUAUACUUUGUAGAGGAUGGAUGCUCAAGAAACGAAGGAAGAAGAUGCAAGGUUAUGCGCGCCGGUACUUUGUCCUCACCAACUCGGGCGUCCUCUCUUACUCGUUCGAUCCCAAAUCACCCACGCGGGAUUCGAUCCUCUUGCGCCAUGCAUCGUUAUCGAGCAGCGAACGACGGAGAGAUAUUCAUAUCGAUUCGGGAACGUCGACGUUUCACGUACGUGCCCUCACACAAGACGAUUUCAGCUUGUGGAUCGGGUCGUGUCGGAAAUUUGUGAAUAUUUCUGGAGAGAUUGAGCAUGAAGAGCCUCUGCCCGCUGAAGGAGCUGGAACAGGUGCAAAGGCUGGUCAUACGAGGUCGUAUAGUCGGAGUAUGAGCCUUGGAAUUAUGAGUGAUCAGAGAAAGGCAUUGGGAUUAUUGGGUGAGAUGUCCAAGACGCUACAUGACUUGGAGGAAGCCAUCGCGAUGGUCAAAGAGGAUGAUUCCAAGAAGAAACAUCAUAACAGUACCAAGUCAAAGAAAGAUAAGGAGGUUAAAGAAAAAGAGAAAGAGAAAGAGGGUCUAUUCGGCUUGUUUUCGGGCUCACACAAGAAAUCUUCAACUCCUACAAUGACAACCGAACCACUUUCUCCCCCUCCUGUAUCCGAAGACGGGACGUUGGUAGGAGCGACUCCACGCGUGUCCUUUGCCGGCUCGGUGGCAUCUGCACCCUCGACAGUUCACUCGUACCUAACAAGCACGAUCCAAACCCUCAAAACACAGCACUCGGCGCUCACAACUCUCCUCGAAGCACGCAACAUCACACCCAUACCCAACCGAACAGCAUCUCCCCUCAUGGGAGCUGCUAUCGACUUGUCCCGCUCACGUUCCGUGUCACGCGUAUCGAGGCACAGUAUGGCUAGUGAAGUCACCUCCCAGAUGUGGUUCGACGCGAGCGAUGGCGCGGACGAGUUCUUUUUGGACGCAGAUGAGAGUGAGAGUGGGGCUAUCAGGGCUGUGAGCGAGAAACAUUCGGAUGUGGAAUCAGACGAAGAGUGCGAGGAUGUUGUAGAUGAGGAGAGUUCAGAGGAUGAGCCCGAGCCCGAGCCUGCCCCUACACUCGAGAGUGAUGUUUCCGCUAUUCCCUCGACUGCUGUAGUAAGGCGAACGAAGCUUCCGGCACCAAAUACAGGCGAAGAGGGCAGUUUGUUUGCCGUAUUGAAGAAGAACGUCGGAAAGGACCUUUCGACAGUUUCGUUCCCUGUUAGCUUCAAUGAACCAAUUAGUGUUUUGCAAAGGCUAGCCGAAGAUGUCGAAUAUACGAACCUGCUUGACGAGGCGGUCGCCGCAUCCGAUCCAGUGGACCGAAUUGCUCUGGUAACUGCAUUCGCGGUAUCCGGCUACGCAUGUACCCUGCACCGAGCCAGUCGCAAGCCUUUCAACCCGAUGCUUGGCGAGACUUUUGAAGACAUCCGUCUAGGUUUCAUCGCAGAAAAGGUCAGCCAUCAUCCCCCUAUCAUGGCUUGCCAUGCGCAUGGAGACGGGUGGGAGUUUUGGUGUACGAGUGGUGCCAAGAAUAAAUUCUGGGGCAAGUCAUUGGAGAUUAUACCAAUGGGUGCAGCAUAUGUCCGGAUCGGAGAUGAAGUUUACAGUUGGCAAAAGCCUUCGUCCUUUAUGCGUAAUCUUAUCGCUGGAAACCGAUACCUUGAACACGUUGGACCGAUGAGUAUCACUUCCACAGCUGGGCACAGGUGUGAUCUCGACUUCAAAGAGGGGGGGUUCUGGGGCUCGACGCUUAACCACGUGGGAGGCUCCAUUCUUUCUCCUGAUUCCAAGAUCGUGUCCAAGAUUGAAGGAACGUGGCAUGAAGGGUUAUCGCAGCACCUCGAUACAAAAGGAUCUCAUUUGAAGGUCCUUUGGCGGCCGAACCCAUUCCCUCCGUUUGCCGACCAGUAUUACGGAUUCACGGGAUUUACAAUUACGCUCAACGAGUUGACUCCCGAUCUGGUUGGGGUGGUGCCUCCCACUGAUUCAAGACUACGACCGGACCAACGAGCGAUGGAAGAGGGCCGGAUAGACGAUGCAGAUCGAUUAAAGAUACAAUUGGAAGAAGGACAGCGUGCCAGGAGACGAGCUCGAGAAGAAGCAGGAGAAGAGUGGAAGCCCCAGUGGUUCGAGCAGGGUACAGAUGGGGAGUGGAAGUACAAAGGAGGCUACUGGGAGACAAGAAAGACGGGCAAGUGGAGCUCUGUCCAGUUGUGGUAG